CCGAUUCCACAGAUGGUCACUUGGGUUUGGAAAUUUUCUGUGUCCUGGUGGUUCUGGGUUGUUUGGAUCAUUGGCUGACGAGAUCAGUCUUAACUAGGGAGAGGGAGAGAUUUGUGGGUACAGGUUUGCCGGAAGCGGGGUGGGUAGCGGUGAGUGAGGUUUGGUAGAGCCAUGGAAGACGACAAGUAUGCCCGCAUGGAUCCAGACGAGCUUCGAAACCUAGGGGAGUAUGACACUGUCGCGUUCAGGACGGCCAGUGCGGCCGGGUCGAGUGGUUUGGUGGGCAUGAUUUUGGGCGCCAUUACGGCAACAUGGCAGGAUGUGCCAGCCGUGGAGAGAAACGUUGCAUUGCCAGCGUUGAAGAAAACUGGAAAGAUUAUGGGCAACUACGGGUUGACUUUUGCAGCAAUUGGAGGUCUCUUUGCGUUUACGGAUGCGGUGGCGGCAUCGAUCCGCGGCAAGAAGGAUAUCUGGAACUCUGCAUUGGGAGGAGCUGCCGCUGGGAGUGUUAUCGGUCUUCGAGCUGGGAAGUUGCCUGUGGGUAUUGGAGCAGCGGCAGCUCUCGCAGCCUGCGCUGUAAUUGUUGAUGCUGGAGGUCAAACUGUGAGGACACCCACCGGACGAGAAUACUUGCCGUAUCCGAGGAUCAACCCAGAUCUUUAGAUGUUGAUUAUAUUCUCUUUUGUUUUCAAGAAGAGGGGAUGUUCAUGGGCAAGCAAAUGGGACAUCUUUCUGCAGCUGGUGAUGCAUCCGUACCCUACUUGAAGCGUUUUCUCUUUCUCAGGGGUGACGUUAUAAGCUUGCUUAAUAAUGUAGGGCAACCAAUCGUCUCAAUGGUGAAAGCAUUGAGGUGAUCAUCUUGUUGAAUAGGUUCAAAUUCAGAGUUCUCUUGUAGAUAUUAGUUGAUGCGUUGUGUACUUGUGACGUGGUGGGUCAACUAUUUCCAACUGUUGGUAGAAAUGUCUGCAAGAUAUUUUCCUUUGACAACUUUCAAGUUUUGAGAGGCUGGUUGGCUCUGGUGAGUACGAUCUGUUUUCGAGCUGGUGAUUAGAGCCAAACAAUACUGUAUAAGUUACAUUCUGGAUGAGCCAGUAUGUUUGAAUGGCACUAGUUAGAGCAAUCACUGCUUCCGCCGCUUCAAAACAGUCUUCCUUUUGCGGGGAAUGUAAGAUUUUAGGCGUGUGUGGUGGCAGUUUUGUUUUGAAAUAUUUGGUGUUGCCAAGGCAAUGAAGUUGGUAAGUAGUGAGGUGCUACUUAUGCAA